AUGAAGUUGACUAUCCCUCUUCUACUCCUCGGGGCUGUCUCAACGGUCAAUGGCUUGAUAUGGAAAUACUACGCUAAGUAUGACCGCAUGCAUAUGCUAACACAGACAAGGAGCUGCUCGAAUGAUAUCGGAUCCUUCCACACCUAUCGUGGUUCACAGUGUGGAGGUUCUUCUGCUACAACCACCGCAACUGCAGCUGCUUCGACGUCGACCAUAACCCUGAGUAGCUGCAUCCUUGAAUGCCAGUCUACUGCCGCCGACACUCCAAGCCUAACAAAACCCAGGGACUGCGCCGGCCAAGAUGGAACUUUUCACCAAUGGCGCGGAAGUAUUUGCGCAUCCAGCACAACUACAAGCAGUUCCACCUCAGCUGCGACAUCCACCAGCAGUAGUUCCGGCAGCUCCGGACUUAGCAAAGGUGCCAUCGCAGGAAUUAGUGUCGGCUCUGCCGUAGCCGGGAUUGCAAUUAUCUCCUUGAUUGUAUUUACGCUCCUACGCCGUCGGUGGAAAGCCACAAAUACUUACAACAAGGACAGUGACCCUAAGAACUUUCCGCUUCACAAGCUGGCUUCGGCUUCGACGUCUGUUGCGUGA